UUUUCUGAUAACAAUUUCCCUAGUCAUUUGACCUUGACACAGGGAAAGUGGUUGGCUUACAGCACACAGUACAGAGCUUUCAGAGCUGGCUGUCAAGGAUUACCCGCAUGCAGGAAUGAGAGGGCCAUCACUUCUUCAAGGACUCUGCGUUCUGCUGAGUUUGUCAGGAGUCAUGAUUCAGAAGGCCAACUGCGCCUGUCCUCAGUGCCCCCAAAAUGCUAUUUGUGUCAACAACACAGACUGUACCUGCAACCCUGGAUACACCUCCCAAUCUGGGGAUAAAUUCUUCACAUAUCCCUUGGAGAUAUGUCAAGAUACUGAUGAAUGUAAGCCACCAAUUAGUAUAUAUUGUGGACUAAAUGCAGAAUGCCAGAAUGUUCCAGGAAGUUUCUACUGUCGCUGUGACCCUGGAUAUAAACUCCUUUCUGGGAAUACACAGUUCAAGAAUUCCAAUGAGAACACUUGUCAGAAGAUCACCUCCUCAAACACAACCAAAGGCAAUAAAGAUCUACAACGGGUUGUUGAGAAUUUUGAGUCACUUCUCGCCAAUGAGACUCUGUGGGGAUCAGGAGAGCAGAGAAAAGUUGCAUCCAAGGCCACAUCUAUUCUCCAGACUAUGGAAUCCAAUGUUCUAGAAACUGCCUUGAACGCCCCAGACCAAGAAAUCCAGAAACUUCAAAAUAAUACUGUGGCUGUUGAAACUCGAGUUGUUACAGACAAUUGCUCCAAGGAAAGAAAUAUCUUCAACUUGAAGGUCCAGAUGAACUCACUGGACAUCCACUGCAAUGACGUCAUCCAGGAAAACCUACAAGGUCCCAGUGCAGUUAUCUUUAUUGCAUACUCUUCUCUUGGAAAUAUCAUAAAUGCGACUUUUUUUAGCCAGAUAAAUGAGGAAGAACGCGUUUACCUGAACUCCCAGGUAGUCAGCGCUGCUAUUGGACCCAAAAGGAACACAUCUCUCUCCAGGCCUGUGAUUCUAAGUUUUCAGCACGUGAAGAUGAAGCCCCUGAGCAAGAAGGUCUUCUGUGUCUUCUGGGAGAGCACAGGGGAGGACGGCCACUGGUCCAGGGCUGGCUGCUUCCUGGUACAGGUGAACACGAGUCAUACCACCUGCAGAUGCACUCACUUGUCCAGUUUCGCUGUCCUCAUGGCCUUCACUAACCAGGAGGAGGAUCCCGCCCUGGCUGUGAUCACCUACGUGGGGCUGAGCCUCUCUCUGCUGUGCCUCCUCCUGGCGGCCCUCACCUUCCUGCUGUGCAAAGCCAUCCAGAACACCAGCACCUCACUCCACCUGCAGCUCUCGCUCUGCCUCUUCCUGGCCCACCUGCUCUUCCUCACGGCCAUAGACAGAACUGAGAACAAGGUGCUGUGUGCAGUCAUCGCGGGUGCCUUACACUAUCUCUACCUGGCCUCCUUCACCUGGAUGCUGCUGGAGGGCCUGCACCUCUUCCUCACCGCUCGCAACCUGACGGUGGUCAACUACUCCGGCGUGAGCAAGUUCAUGAAGUGGCUCAUGUUCCCGGUCGGCUAUGGAGUCCCUGCUGUGAUCGUGGGCAUUUCCGCAGCGUCCAGGCCUCACCUUUAUGGAACCCCUGAACGCUGCUGGCUCCACCUGGAACAAGGAUUCAUCUGGGGUUUCCUUGGCCCCGUCUGUGUCAUUAUCUGCGUGAAUUUAGCAUUUUUUCUCUUGGUCCUCUGGAAUUUGAAAAAGAAAUUCUCCUCCCUCAACAGUCAAGUGUCAACCAUCCAGAAUAUAAGGAUGCUGACCCUGAAGGCAGCAGCGCUGGUCCUCAUCCUUGGCUGCACGUGGUGUCUGGGCAUCGUGCAGGUGGGCCCAGCUGGACGGGUCAUGGGCUACCUCUUCACCAUCCUCAAUAGCCUUCAGGGUGCCUUCAUUUUCCUGGUCUACUGCCUCCUCAGCCAGCAGGUUCAAAAGUGGUUUGGAAACAUCAUGAAACCUAAAUCUGAGUCUGAGAUUUAUACAAUUUCCAGCAGGCUUGGCCCUGACUCAAAACACAAUGUGGACAAGUGAAGAGAAAAUAUUAAAACUAGAACUUUCAAUUUCACAUGGAAAGUCGUAUCCAUGGAUCUGGUUGGCAUCAUGAAGAAUGAAGCUGAGGACAAAAGGAAUCAUUAUACACAACAUCCCUGGAGAAGAAAUAUUUAACCUGAACUUCCCGAAGCAUUUGUUCUGCAUAAUGGGCUCUCAAUAAAUGAGUGUUGAAUUGGUUUUCUGUUAUUCAACCAAUGCUUGUCCCUGGUUACCCAAAUCAUGACUGUUGCAAAUACUUUGCAUAAAUGAGAAGGUCCCUUUCAUGGCCUUGUCUCAAGUUCUUUCUCUCACUCAUCCUAAACUUGUUCUUUAAACUCUUCCACUCCAUCAUCUUUGCCUUCUUUCUUAUCUAGGCUAGAUCUCAUGAUCAAUCAGAUCAAAUGAUUCUCUCUCAUACUUUCAGCACCUUUGCCUUCUCAUUCCACACCUACCAGGAGUGAAGACCUCAAUCCAGGAGUGACCCAAAGAUGGCAGGCACUGUGCAUUGUCUAUUCAGUGGCCAUCACCACGUCAUAUGUUCCUUAUUAACAGAAACUUGACUGUUUUAAGAUUUGAGACAGCAAUGUGCCUGAACACAGGGGUUCAGUUGGGAUUGGUGUGAGCUGAAUGAUACUCAGCUAAGGGGAGAUUACUUCCCUCCCUUAAUGGACAUUUGUCAAUGUCUGAAAAACAUUUUUUGUUUUCACUACUGGGGCAAAGUGGUGAAGGCCAGAAGUACUGCUAAACACCGUACAGACAGACCACACACACA